UGGCAGUUGGGGCACAACAAACUGGACGAAGCAGUUAUCAACCGAACAGACUUGAUUGCAUGGAAUAAUCAGUGUAUUUAUCGAAUCUGUAGCGUACUGUGAGUGGAUGCCUGCAGAGAGUCAUGGGUAAUGGCUGCGUUCGAGUCAGUCCCGAUGGAUAUACUAUUCACAUCAAGACGGGAGACCACAAGGGCUCAGGAACGGAUUCCACGGUCAAUCUGAGCAUGUAUAACUCAUCCGGCUCAUCACCUGAAGUUAAGAUCAACUGUAACUGGAAGGAUGACUUCGAGAAGGGAAGUAUAGACACAUUUCACCUGAAGAGCGCGGGCAUCACUGAAGCGGUAGAAGGCAUCGAAAUCAGGCUGUCCGAAGGAGCCUUCAGUCAGAAUUGGUUUGUGGAAACCAUUGACAUCAAGUUCCAAGACUUACCGAGUGACAGGAGUAGUGUCUUCCCCCUCCAUCGAUGGAUCAAAGAAGGUGAGACUUUCUGCGCCGUCAGGAAUGAUUCCACCUUACCUCAACAAGAGACCAAUCGGAAGCAGAGACUUGAUGAACUAGCCAGGAAGAAGGAGACUUAUCAGCUGGAGAGGAAGAGCAACGGUGACUUGGCAAUCGCUCAGCAUUGCCUGAAGGAGCUCAUUAUGAAUAACGGAAGGAAUACAACCGGCAUGAACUGGGCAUGA